UGUUUAUCGCCUUGGUGAACGGAGCGAGAGCAGUCAGUGCGCGGUGCUACGCUCGGUGCGCUACACUCGGCGGCGGUACGGAGAAGCGCGCGCGCGCGAUCGGGUAGCUGUCGCUGUCGGGCAGGAAAUUCGGCCGCGUCUUUCUCUCUGUCUAUCUGCCUAUCUCUAUCUCUUCCUCGCUGUUCCUCCUUCCGUCACACGGGCGUCCUGUUGUAAUAAUCGCGAGUGCGGGCUCGUCGUGUCUCUCGUUCGCUCUCCACGCACAUGUCAGCGGCAGUCUGAUCGGAGACUACUCAUCUCGUCAAGAGAGACAGAGAGAGAGAGAGAGAGAGAGCAGCCUGUCGUGUCGUGUCGAAAGAAGAAUAUGUCGCGGAGCAUCGCCAAGAGAUAGUCGCGAGCCAGGCCGUAUUAUCGCCGUACUAUCGUGUGUCGAUCCGUUCACGUCCGCCGUGAUCUUCGAGUUCCUGACGAGUCUGUCAUCCCCUCCCCGCCUUUGGAAAUCUGUCAUCGGCUGGAAACGAACGACCGUACGUCAGUCGGGAUAAGACAAGAAGCGAGGAGCGCCCGGCCCGCCGCCAUCGUCGUCCGCCCGUCUCACUCGGUAGCUGCGGCGUUUCGUCGUUGACGACGACGACGACGACGACGACGACAACCACGACGACGACGACGACGACGACGACGAGGACGACGACGACGACGACGACGACGACGACGACGACGACGACGAAGACCACGACGACGACGAGUGAAAUUCGCGAGGCGCAGUGCACGGUUUCUCGCGAGCCGCGACCCGCGGCGCUCGACUCGACCGGUCGUGCGAAAACGACGUCGCGUCCAUCCGUCGACCGAAGCUCGCGCGUUGGCUCCGAUGUGAGACUCGCGAGCCCGAGGAUCGUCCGAGAGCAGUCGCCCCGCGUUCUCGUCGCGAGCUCAGGUAGCGCGACUUGCGAACGAACGAACGUGCGUGCGUGCGUACGCGAGCCGGCCGAAGUCGUCGCCCGGGAGCACAGCAAGAAGCAAGUGAGAAGAAGCGAGAGACUCGUCGUGCGCUCGCGUCCUCCGCGACAUGAUCCUCCGAGUGACAUUGUUGGUGUGCGCGUUGCUGUUGGCCGGCGCGAGAUCCGAGCCCAGGCCGCGAUCGCGACCAGCGGCCAUCUACUCGAAUCAGUUUGCUGUUUACGUGCCUAGCGGGCCGGAAGCUGCGGACGAGAUCGCCCAGAAGCGAGGCUUCGACAAUCAUGGACAGGUAAGCGAGACUCUCUGCGUUCGAUCCAUCCAGCGUAAAUCCCACGUAUGUAAUAUCGCCUCGCAUAAUUGACGAGGAUAAUUGCGGGGCGGUCGCGCGGAGCGAAUCGAGCCAAUCCUUCGUUCGCUCCGCGCAGAGGCAGCGAUUUUUCCGUUUCCUUCGAUUCGUCCGGCUGCAUCCGAUCCGUUGCGCGCGAUUGCCUCGCGAUUUAUUCGCCAUAGUGUCCGGAUGAGUACACA